AUGUCGCAGGGAGAUGACUUUGAGUCACCGUCAACAAACAACUUUGUGGAUGCAGUUUCCACACAGCCAGCCGAGGAUAACGCAUCGGCAGAAGCGCAGGACAAGAGCGGUGAUAAUAGCACCAAUGCUAAUGAAGUAAAUGAUCAAGCCAAUAUUUUCCAGGAUCUCGCCUUUUUCGUAGCACAAGAAGAUCUUCGCCAGGAACUUGAGCCAUUGAUUGAAUUGCAUGGCGGGAAGGUUCUCAAGGAACUUCCCUCCGGUCAAUCUAGUAAGGAAUUCGUGGUCUCUCCUACAAACACUGCUGAUCUCCCGACAGUAACUUCAGCCUAUGUUAGAGAGUGCUGUGCCACGCGCGUACUACUGAAAUUGGGAAGGUUUCUUGUCCCAUACAGCGGUCUAAACACGGAAACACAGCCCAGUGGAUACAAUGGUGAUGAUUCUGGUACUGGGAAUUCUCCUGCCAUGUAUCCCAUCACUGAAAAGUCAGGGGAAAGCGACAGCCGCACGAAUGUCAAGAAAUCCGUUACUGCCUCAAGUUCGCCAAAGAAAGCCCAACCCGCAAGCGGAGUAGCCACUAUCAAACUUAAUGUGUCAAAACCAGAAUGUGACCCUGCAAAUUCUUCCUUGGGUGACGAGACUGGUGUGCAAGUUUCCAAUGGGCCGAAGCAGGCGACCACAUCAACCACAGGGAGCACAUCGCUACCUCACAGACCGGCCCUUCCUCAGGCGACUGAGAAUGCUGCAGUAAAGGCCAAAGACGAAGACGAGCACUCCAAGCAACGCUACGUUGCAGCCCAAAAUAAAGCUAACUUUACCUCCGAAGAAGAUAAUUUUAUCUUGGAAGUAGUUAGGAAAAACCCUUCUAGAAGAACAACACACACUUUGUUCGACGAAAUAUCCCGGUUUGUUCCGGCACACACUGGAAAUUCCAUCAGACAUCGCUACCGUGCGUACCUUGCCAAAAGACUAGAUUUUGUGUACGAGGUUGACGAUCAGGGUCGAUUGGUGCGCGACGAAAACGGUGAACUAAUAAAGACAACAGUUUUACCAAAAUCUCUGAAAAACAAAUUCAUUGCCUCUGAGGACUACGAUUUGGCAUUGAAUAUCAAACGUCAGUUUUACCGUGAUCUCUAUCAAGUCGAUCCGGAGACAGGCAAGUCGCUCAUCGAGAAUGGCGAUUCUCCUAGUGAAGCUGCUCGACGGGCUAUAACGAUGGAAGCAAAUGUUGAACCUGGAUCUGAACCCAGCCUAGAAGCCUUUAGAGUCGGAGAGAGACGCGGGCCUGUUCCUCGGGAAUUUUUCAAACUCUAUACUCAAAGAAAUCCCACGCAUACCGAGAAUGCCUGGAGAGACCGGUUUCGCAAAUUUCUUUUGACUUAUGGAAUAGACAGGUACAUUGAAUACUAUGAACACGAAGUCGCACAAGAUCGCGUCCCGGAAGCUAUGAAAAAUUUAACAAACAGACCCAAGCGGCCAGGUGAGCGAACUCCAGGAAACUAUAGCAGCCAACCAAAGAAGAUCAAGCUUCCCGAUAAUGAACAAGCUGCUGAAGAACAAUCGUCAAAUAUUUCUCAAAGAACGAAAACUGUGGCUAAGGGCAGUAAACCCUCAAAGACCGACCCAUCGGGUAUUUCUGAUGCUGACUUAUUGGAUGAAGAAACCCUUAAUUUCAUUACUGGCCUUAGACGUGAUUUGUCUAAGAUUGAAUCCGCAGGCGGGACGGCGUUUGAAUACCCACAGGAAAUCGCUGAGUCCAUUCGAAAUGACUUUACCAACGAAGAGAGUCAAUUUGAUAACAUAGACCCCGACACUUUUUCGUUUCCUCCCCCACUUGCUUCUAAUGAUCUCUUCAUGCCUAACUUUUUCCGACUGAACUCGACCCGUAAAUUUGUUGAUAAGAUCAAUGAAAUAAUAUCGAGGGAUUACGAGGCUUCUCAAGCUGAAAAACUAGUUCAAGAUCUUUGCGAGGAAGCAGGGGUACGAAAAACCUUUAGCACCAGUAUAUUGACAGCGCUUUCGGGAGAUUUGAUGGUGUUUCCUCGAUAUUUUUUGUGCAUGUUUAGUAUGAAGGCUAACCCACCUCUAAAUGUUCCGGGCAUUUGGACUCGUGAUGAUGACGAAGCCCUCAGAAGAGGUACUGAGGAAGAUGUCAAGAAAUUAACAGAAAAGCAUGGUUCGGGUCGUAUCGAGAUGAGGAAAAGAUUCAUAGCAAGUGAUUUAGUAUAA